UCCUCCCUUCCUUUUUUAACCUUGCGAAAGCUCCAUUUGGAUCAGACACCAUGGGCGAGACGUACUACAUAGGGGUGGAUGUCGGCACAAGCAGUGUUCGAGCGGGCUUGGUGUCUCGCUUGGGGUCUGUGGUGAAAAUGCACACUAUACCCAUCACUGUCUCGAACCCCAAACCAGACUUUUAUGAACAGGAUUCGGAGGAAAUUUGGACAUCUGUUUGCGAGGCCGUUAAGUUUGUGACAAGUGAGAUCGCAGAUAAAUCGUCCAUUCACGGCCUAGGCUUCGAUGCCACUUGCUCCCUAGUAGUGCUUGACGGCAGCCUUAAACCGGUCACUGUGAGUCCGGCAACGGGAGAGGAUCGAUUCAACAUCAUGAUGUGGAUGGACCACCGGGCCAAGGAGCAGGCAGACCGGAUCAAUGCUGGCGGGCAUGAAGUGUUGAAGUACGUUGGGGGGAAAGUGUCCCUCGAAAUGCAGACCCCAAAGCUCCUAUGGCUGAAGACACACCUCAAGGAAACCUGGAGACGAGCUUCGCAUUUCCUGGACCUGCCGGACUUUCUGACGUUCAGGGCAACAGGGCGGCUGUCUAGAUCCUUGUGUUCGACUGUGUGCAAGUGGACAUACAAGUGCGAUGGGAUCAGCCAAGAAUGGGAUCGUGGCUUUUUUAAGGAUGUUGGCCUCGAAGAUUUGGCUGAGGAUGGCUGGCGUAAAAUUGGCCAGGAAGUGCUUCCUCCAGGAACAGACUGUGGGCAACUGUCUGCAGAGGCGGCCGCUCAGCUGGGCCUGUCAGAGUCGACUCAUGUGGCAACUUCCCUCAUAGACGCGCAUGCAGGUGGCCUGGCACUGGUGUCUGCUCAAGCCAAAGCCAAGGAGGACUUGGUUGGGAGACUUGGUCUCAUCUGCGGGACUUCCACCUGCCACAUGUGCGUGAGCGAACAGCCCAUCUUCGUGCCAGGAGUGUGGGGACCAUACCUGAGUGCCAUGGUGCCCGACUGCUGGCUCAAUGAGGGAGGCCAGAGUGCCACUGGUGCUCUUGUCGACCAUGUCAUCAAGAGCCAUCCAGCAUCGGCAAAGUGCCCUCAAAGCGACAAGUAUGGCUGGUUAGAGGGCAUCCUGACAGUCAUGGCGAAGGAGAAGGGUCUCGCCCACGUCUCUCUGCUAACCAAAGAUGUGCACGUCUAUCCAGACUUCCAUGGUAACAGGUCACCUCUUGCCGAACCCUCUAUGAUGGGCAUGGUGUGCGGUUUGACUCUGGAUGUGAGUGAGAGAAACUUGGCUGUGCUUUACUUGGCCACAAUUCAAGCACUAGCUUACGGAACGAGGCAUAUUGUAGAGCAACUGCAAGCUUCAGGCCACGUCAUUACAUCAGUCCUCAUGUGUGGGGGACUCUCCAAUUCACCGGUCUUUAUCAGCACCCAUGCAGAUGCACUGGGUGUUCCUGUGCUGAUCCCAGCCACCAAGCAGUCUGUACUUCUGGGGUCAGCCAUGCUGGGUGCCGCUGCCUCUGGAGACUUCCCUGACCUGACUUCAGCUGCGAUUGCCAUGGGUGGGGCAGCACAGGCCUUCCAUCCAACGAAGGAAUUGAAAGAGUACCAUGACAAGAAGUAUGGUAUCUUCAAGAGGAUGCAGACAGAACAGCUUGAGUACCGUCGCACGAUGGGGAGCAUUUAACACCUUUUUAUUACAGUUCCUUUUCUCCGAGAUUGAAUUUUAGGAUUAGUGUUAACUUGUAAUGAUAUGUAUUUUACUUUUCUGUAAAUUACUUUAUAUUUCAAAAAUGAUUAAGCUGUAUCUUGUAGAGCUUGUUAAGAUCACAUGUUUUGUUUUAGGAUUUUGAUAACAGUGGGAAUUCUAAGGGAUACAAAAUACAGUUUCAGAGGACAUGAAAGACAUUUCAGAUACCAUAUGUACUUUUCAAGUUUGUUAAGGUUAUGUUAAGAAUCUAACAAAUAUUGUUAGUUAUAUUACUGAAUGAAUAUGCCAUUAUGUAGAAAUGACGUAUAGUUGUAUGUAAAUAUGUUAUUAGAAAUAUAGAAGUGAUAAAUAUGAUUCAUUUUUGCAUGUUAAAUUGUCAUACAAUAAUCUUAAACAUAAUGCAGCUACAUACUUACAUCAGGUUAGUGGCAUUGGGAAAAUUAUGAUUAAGUUAUGAAAAUUUUAUAGAGACUUAUCUGUUGAUGAGAAAAUAGCUUUUUAAGCAGUGUAUACUCUAAAUUACAUGCAGACAUACAUACAUAAAUACAAACAAACGUAUAUAUAAAUACAUACCGUAUCCCUAUAUGCUCACUGUACACACCAGCAAAUGUAUGUAUAUCAAUACGUGCGCACACUCAUAUAUAUGUAUGCAUUUAUGUGGGUGUAUAUAAUUGCCAUAAUUAUGUUCAAAAUAUAUAUUGUUAUUGAAUGUGUAUACUAUAUAUACAGAUUGUUAUUUUAUCAUUGAUUUAAGGUUUCAUAGUAUUUCAUUAGUGCAGCUUGCAGCUUAGUUUUUAUUGGUAUUGUGUUUGUCAGAUGUUGUUGUUACUUUUAUCUUUUAUCACCAAAGUUUCUGUCCAAUUACAUUCCAAAAGCAUUUGAAAAUUGUAAG